UCGAUCGAGGGCAGCGUGAACGCUGAUUAAAGUUUCGCCCGAGCACGUUCCUCGAAGGAAAUUUUCGAGAGAUUAUCUGGAUUAUGCACGGGAGGCGAGGUAAAUUCGAAUCGCCCAGGGCAAAGAGAACGAUCGGAAAGCGAUAGGACGAAACAAAUUUCUCGUCGGCUGAACGAAGUCGUUCCGAUAUGCGCCGGGUUCUUUGCUGCCGCGUCAACCUAAUUCGAGACGCUGGACGGGAACAAAGGAACGUAACAGCAAACUAACCCGAUGAGAAAAUAUCUUUCCCGAGCUGUAAUCACGGAAGACCUACUUAGACGUCGCCACGAACGAUUUAACGAAAGGAAUGCACGGGAAGGGAUCCGCGCGAUUAGAGAAUCGUCGGGCGGAAGAUGAAAGCGUGGGAAGAUGAGUUCGGUUGAUCGGAUCAGUGUUGUUUCGGUCAGUUUACGAGCUCGCGGCGCGUAAUAUUUGGAGAAGAAAAGGGAAACCGACGGGGUCGAACUUUACGGAGACGGCUUAGUGACCUUUUGGUCAGCGGGCACGUCGCGAUUACUAUCGAGGAGUGGUGACCGUAAUGUGAGAAGAGGAAGUGAAGAAAUGACGGUGACUCCGUCUACUUCCGAUGUGGCUGACAAGGCAGUAUCGACGGACGAUGGUGGCAGUGGAAUGGAGGUGGUGCGUCUCGAAGCCGUCCUUGCUGCUUUGGUGGAAACAAAGGUGGAGGCGAUCAAAGCUUCGAGUUUGGGAAAAAGGUCCGGCAGCGCGCCGACCAGUCCCCGACAGCUCAGGCUAACUUCCACCUCGACUGCCUCCUCCUCGCUGAAUCAUCACCAUCAACAUCGGAGGAAGAGCCAUCAUCAUCACCACCACUAUCACCAUUACCACCAUCACCAUCAACAUCAUCGCAAGAGGCACGAUUCCGCGCCGUGCGACGCGUUCAUCGAAGAUGACACGGAGCAUCAUCGACACAAUUCCCAUCAUGGCAAAGCGAGACGAAAAGCGUCGGAAAGUCCGCGACGUCCAAAAAAGAAACGUAAACAUUCGAAAAGCCCAAAUAUUCUUCACGACGUGGUCCAGGACGUUCAGACCGGUCUCAAUUCGCGUUUCGAGCUUUUCGGAACGGACGGCGACCAAGAUCUCACAUUGAUAAACUUUGAAAGGACUCGAGAAACUCUCAGCGAUUCCUGCGAAUAUCCGCAGUUGCACCGAAGUGCCUGCUACUUUCCCCAAAGUACAGCUCAAUUAAAGAUCCACUACGACAACGACGACAACUACGUGGCGUUAAACGUAGCUGACGAGUUAGAAGAGGAAGAGAUCCUGAGUGGGAUCGAGAAGGUCGAGGAACCUCGGGAGAAGUAUCAUCGACCCCGCAAAAAGCGGAAACGGAAACGGCAUAAGGUUAACAACACAGGCCCUCGAGAGGAGCUCGUCGAUCCCGAAGAACUUCCUCCGCGAGCACGUUGGACGAUCGUCGCGACAGCUUGUCUGCUUCUCGCUAUGUCUUUGCUGUUGGUUGGAGUGACCCUGAGGAUGGCACCGAUCAUAGACGACAUGGGCAAUGGUAGAAGAAAUAGCUUGAGCAGGACAACGAGACCACGAAGAGCAAGCACGUCUCGUAGGAGGGAUUCCGUUCAGCCUAUAAAAACCGAGAUAAAGGAAGUGGAAAAGGUCGCGGAAAGCGUUCAGGAUUUGGAGGAAGCGAGACGCCAUCGAAGAAUCACCGUGAUCAUCCUGGGAACGUUUCUUUUCCUCCUGGUGGCGGCGGUUCUCGCCGUGGUAGUUACUUUAACGCACAGCACAUUCUCAAGAUCCGCCGUUGGCUCGAAGGAACACCGACUUUCAUUGCGCAAGGAAAACGAGGAGCUGUUAAAUUCUCUGAACAGAGAUUUCACGGUCGAAAACACGACGAUGCCUCCCUAAGGAAGACGUUUUCAGUUUCCAGGGCAGAACAAUUGUUUCAAAGGAGUUCAAGAGCAAAAAAAAAAAGAAAAAAAUAGAAGGAAGGAAGCGAUAGUCCGGAAGAGAAGAAGAAGAAGCAAGGAUCGCGACGAAGACUCGAAUUCUUGGCGUCAGGAUCGUCGCUUUUUCCUGAAAGCGGCCAGGUUUUAGUACGAUUUACGAUUGUCUUCGAUAAAUUUUAAACGCAAGAAGAUAUCGAGUUUAGUUAGUUAAGUGUUAUUAUGGUACACGGCUAACUUGUUGACUCCGCCGAUGAUACAAACUUCUAAUUAGAUCUGCAACAUGGUAGAAUAGAUGCUGUAAUUUUGUCCCGCCAUUGUUCCCAAGGCAUGUGAGCGCAAGAGAUUUGUUACGAUGAUACGAAAUUGUGUUAUGCGUUUGCUCGCUGUACGGAAACUUCUGCUGAAAACGGGUACCCGAAUCUGAAUUUUGAAGAACCGAUCGAAAAGAAGAUUCGACGGCGAAUCGAUCGCUUUCGUACCGCGAUGUUAAGGACGAUGUUGAAAAAAAUUGAUCGUAUAUUGUAUCUCGUCCUCCUUUCGUCUGAACUUAAAUGUGUUGCAGCUCCUGUGAUCAGUCGGAGGGGUAAGUCGCCAUUUUACUUUUACGCGAUCGAUUAGAAAACUCAGACACACGGAAGCUGGACUGUUUUCACCGAUUUUUGUUUGUUUCUCUGAAAAGCAGCAAUAAUAUUUUGCUUUAAAGUUUUCCACCUGUAGAGUAAAUUUUCCUAGAAAUCAUUGAAAACUACCAAUUUCGGGGGACAAUGUUUUUUCAUAAAAUUUCAGAAACUGCAAAUGAUGGGCUGCAACAUAUUUGCAUCAACGCAAAACACCCCCACAUCGAGUACGAACGUGAUCGAUUCGUCGCAAAAUGGUACGUAAAAUUGUUGAAAGAAGAGAUCGAAAUAUAAAUAUUUUUGCAAAAUAAAAUAGUUCCGUUUUCAUUCGAGUAGGGUGCUUGAGCUCCUGAGACAGACAAUUUUAAAAUGUAGCGUUUGUACCUGAAAAUUGAAUACAUCUAUCACGUUCGUUUCGCGAUUCUAAAUUCUAAUUAAUUUCAGACCACGUUAUUUCAAAGUAAAUAGUUUUACUAAUCGAUUCCUUCAGUCGCCGUUCUGUUGUAUGAACUUCCUGAUGAUGGCAAUCUGUUUAAACAGAGUGUUUUCGAAAGUGUGGAACCGUUUCUCGAAAUCGAUUCACGCGAUGGUAUAAAACGAAAAUGUUUUCUGCCAUUUUGUAGGUACGAAGCUUCGUUGUCGAUUUAAAUUUACGGCUCGUAAUUUCCGGCGUGCGCUAUUUGAAUUUCAGUUAACGCCGCGCUCGUCCACGUUCGCGCACUCCACAAAAGAAACACGCAAAAAUACCCACACGCACACAUACGCACAACUAAACGUAACUAAAAAUUCAACAAAGAACUCAAACUCCAACAAAUUUAAGCUCGUUACUCACAAUCGAUAACGAAGUCUCAAAUCGCAAAAUGGCGAGGAUCCGGAACAAAGUCCACAUUGCUAACAUCCUGUACGAGACCGAAAUAGUCUUCCAUUUUGAAGUUACAUUUAAUACAUUCUAUUUAAAUAAAGCAGUUGUUAUUAAUCGUCGACGAUUAGAAAACUAACCAGAGUAAUCGUUGUUGUCGAUUAUGAUAUAAUCGAUUCUGAAAUUCUAUCAUUCCAGUGUCGCUUUUCAAGUUAGAUGAAAAGGAACUAAAUUUCGUUGUCAAAAAUACUCGUUUCCGAUUUCCAAUAAUUAGUUAAAUGAACAUGAAAGUAAACGUGUGAUUUGAAUUAGAAUCGAUACGAAUGAAGCACAAUUAAUUUACUGUCCAAUUAAAUUUUAAUUGGUACUUCCUCUGUGCACUUUAAAUAGGACUGACAUUGAUUAAUAUUUAAGUCAAAGACUGAAUUCUUUGAACAAGUGUUAUUUAUCUUACUCUAUAAAUAAUUUAGUUGGCCGGGAGCCAAUCCGAACCGCACAGGACUCGAUACCUUAGUCAUCGAUCUUCUUAACAUUCGCAUUUAUUGAUAGUCUCCGGGUAGAUCGUUUUACAAAGUACAUAUUUCGUAGCGAAAGACUCGGUAUAUAGA